UCUUCCAUGGCUUCCACCAGUGCUACUUGCUCUUCUUCACUUUGCAACAAAAUCUCCAACUUCUCAGUCGUUCGCUCACUCACCCAUAUUCCAGCUCACUUACAACCUCAGUUCAAACCCCCUAAACCCCUUAAACCCCUGAGGCUCAAAGCCCAUUGCUCUCUCUUCUCUCGCCUCUCUUCUCUCCACCAUUUCCGCCGCCCCUGUUCCGCCUUAGACGGCCUCGAAGUCGAAGAAGGCAAUGAAAGCUCGGAGGAAGAAAAGGACCCACAAGCAGAAUUGCUUGAAGAAGAAGAAGGAGGAGAGGAAGAGCCAAAGGGGGAAGCAGGGUCUGACGGAAGUGACGCUGGGAGGCUCUACGUGGGGAACUUGCCUUAUUCUAUGACUUCUACCCAGUUGUCUGAGAUUUUCGGCGAGGCGGGUACUGUGACUUAUUCUGAGAUUAUUUAUGAUAGAGUUACUGAUAGGAGCAGGGGUUUUGGGUUUGUUACAAUGGCGAAUGUUGAGGAAGCUCAAGAGGCCAUUCGGAUGUUCGACGGCUCUCAAGUAGGCGGACGAACUGUGAGGGUAAACUUCCCGGAAGUGCCAAGAGGAGGUGAAAGGGAAAUUUUGGGACCUAAGAUGAGGAAUACCGGCUACAAGGUGUACAUAGAUAGUCCUAAUAAGAUCUAUGCAGGGAACCUUGGUUGGGGCCUGACAUCCCAGGGUCUUAAGGAUGCCUUUGAAGGACAGCCAGGAUUAUUGGGUGCCAAGGUCAUUUAUGAGAGGGGCUCUGGAAGAUCCCGAGGUUUUGGAUUCGUCACUUUUGACACUGCUGCCAAUGCAGAAGCUGCUGUGACUGCUAUGAACGGAGUGGAGGUUGAUGGGCGGGAAUUGCGACUAAACAUGGCUUCAGAAAGAGCUAGGACUGUAACUGUUACUCCACCUCCAGCAGCAGAAACUAGUACAGAAAACACAGAGGCCAGUGAACUGGUUUCUCCCUCAGCAUCUGAAACUACUGCAGAAGACACUACAGACAGCGGUGAAGUGGUUUCUUCCCCAGGAUCAGAAUCAACUGCAGAAGAUGCAGACAGCAGUGAAUUGGUUUCCAGUGUUAGCAUCUGAAUGCGAGUAUGAGGAGUGAGGAGUGGCUGCUUGAAUGUGCUAUUUGAUGGAACCCCUAUAGAGUUCUGAAAGUAAAUAGCAAAUUCUAUGCUACCAGACUAGUGUAUUCUUACUCCUACACCUUUAGUCUUUUCCAUACAAUGUUAGUCCGUUUUGAACGAUGUAUACGAAUUGCCGAAUUGGUAUCGAUCAUAGCAAAUGGUCAUGAUUGUAGGUUUGUAGCCAUCAAUGGUUCAAUGCAAUGAACUUGAGCAUCAGCAAGGGAAUGCUAAUUGCUUCUUCCUCU